AUUUUUACAGGAAUCUCUCAACAAAAGAAAAUGAUAAAAACCCAUCUCCCCUUCUCCUGAAGCCACUCCUAAACCCCACACACACACACACACUCACUCACAAAAAUGCUCAGAGCUCUCAUUCUCAAACGCUCCCACCCUUCUUCUCUCCACCACCACCACCUCCUCAAACCCCUCACCUCCACCACCGUCACCGCCACCACAUCCAGACGCCCCUUCUGCACCACCACCCCAACCCCAACCCCAACCCCAACACCCAUCGCUUCCUCCACCACCUCAGAGCUCCGCAGAUACCUCGGCUACACAGCUCUCGUCCUCUUCUGCGGCGUCGCCACCUACUAUUCCUUCCCAUUCCCCGAAAACGCCAAGCACAAAAAAGCCCAAUUCUUCCGCUACGCCCCAUUGCCCGACGACCUCCACACUGUCUCCAACUGGAGCGGGACCCACGAGGUCCAAACCCGGGUUUUUCACCAACCCGAGAAUCUCCAGCAGUUGGAGAAUGUGGUUAAGGAAGCUCAUAAAGCUAAGACCCGGAUUAGGCCGGUCGGGUCGGGGCUUUCCCCGAAUGGGAUCGGGUUAUCCAGGGCUGGGAUGGUGAACUUGGCGUUGAUGGAUAAGGUUUUGGAAGUGGAUAAAGGGAAGAAGACUGUGAGAGUUGAAGCUGGGAUAAGGGUUCAGCAAUUGGUUGAUGGGAUUAAGGAUUCUGGGCUUACUUUGCAAAAUUUUGCUUCCAUUAGAGAGCAGCAGAUUGGUGGCAUUGUUCAGGUUGGGGCACAUGGUACUGGUGCAAGACUGCCUCCCAUUGAUGAGCAGGUCAUCAGCAUGAAACUGGUAACUCCUGCCAAGGGGACAAUAGAGGUUUCAAAAGAGAAAGAUCCGGAGCUGUUUUAUUUAGCUCGUUGUGGUCUAGGCGCUCUUGGUGUGGUAGCUGAAGUCACAAUCCAAUGUGUUGAGAGACAGGAGCUUGUGGAGCACACAACUGUCUCAAAUGUGAAAGAAAUCAAGAAAAACCACAAGAAAUUGCUAUCUGACAAUAAGCAUGUGAAGUACCUACAUAUUCCAUAUACUGACACUGUUGUGGUUGUGACGUGCAAUCCUGUUUCAAAGUGGCGAGGUCCCCCAAAGUUCACACCCAAAUAUAGUAGUGAUGAAGCCAUACAGCAUGUUUGUGAUCUCUAUAAGGAAUCCCUCCAGAAAUACAGAAAAAUUACAACUGAAUCUCCAGACAGCAAUGAACCAGACAUAAAUGAGCUAUCAUUUACAGAGUUGAGAGAUAAACUACUUGCCAUGGAUCCUCUCAACAAGGACUAUGUUAUAAAGAUCAAUCAAGCCGAGGCUGAGUUCUGGAGGAAGUCAGAGGGAUACAGAGUGGGAUGGAGUGAUGAAAUAUUGGGCUUUGAUUGUGGUGGCCAGCAGUGGGUUUCUGAAACAUGUUUCCCUGCAGGAACGCUAGCCAAGCCAAGCAUGAAAGACCUUGAAUUCAUAGAAGAUCUGAAGCAGCUCAUAGAGAAGCAAGAUAUACCUGCACCUGCACCAAUAGAGCAGCGUUGGACAGCUCGCAGCAAGAGUUCCAUGAGUCCUGCUUCAAGCUCUGGAGAGGAUGAUAUAUUCACAUGGGUUGGAAUUAUCAUGUACCUGCCUACAAUGGAUGCCCGCCAGAGAAAGGAAAUAACAGAAGAGUUCUUCCACUACUGGCAUCUGACCCAGUCACGAUUGUGGGAUCGGUAUUCUGCUUAUGAACAUUGGGCUAAGAUUGAGGUUCCAAAGGACAAAGAAGAGCUUGCAGCUCUCCAAGCAAGGCUAAGGAAGCGUUUUCCAGUGGAUGCAUACAAUAAAGCACGAAGGGAAUUGGACCCCAACAAGAUCCUUUCUAAUAACAAGCUGGAGAAGCUGUUUCCAUCAUCAGACACCGUUUGAGAAGCAUGCUAUGAUGGUGGAAAAGAGUAUUCAUUAGAUCACAAAAGGAGCAUGGCAUUAUCUAGCUAAAUUGGCCCCUCUACUGGAGUGGCUUUACGUUGCUUCAUUCCCAGUUAAUAACGCAUUACCAUAAAAGUGUUUUGACAACUUCGCUAAAUGGCUUUAAGAGGGUUCCUUAAAACUGAAUUUUGAAGUUUUAGGAAAAAUUUUACAAUUCAUUGUUCAUGCUUUAUAAAUCUAUAAUUUUAAAGCAUUAUCCACUAUAGUUUGUCAAAUACUUGAAAUGCUAAAGAUCUUUUCAGUUAAAAGUUUUAUAUUGUAAAAACUAUACUACUAAACUCUACAAUCCAAAGCUCUACUUAUUACAGCAAUGUCAAAGG